AGUUGGCGCGGCGGCGGCGGAGAGGCAGGAGCUGCGGCGCGGAGCCGGGCUGCGCGCGCGGGCGGCAGAGCCGAGCAACAUGGCGCCGGCCGGCGGGGGCGGGAGCUGGGGCAGCGGGCCGGCCCGAGGGCGCCUCCUCCUGGCGGCGCUGGCGCUCCUGUGGUUGCGGGGGGCCCGGGGCCAGGGCAGCCCCCAGCGAGGCGCGAUCCUGGGCAUGAGGCUGGCGAGCUGCAACAAGUCGUGUGGGAUGAACACGGAUGGCAUCAUCUUCGUGUCCGAGGGCAGCACGGUGAACCUGAGGCUGUAUGGCCAGAGCCUGAGCGACAUCUCCAGCAACCUGAUCUCUUUCACCGAGGUGGACGACGCCGAGGCGGCCGCCCACAACUCCACCACCUGCCCAGAGCUCACCAAGGACCUGGUGGUCCACCAGCUGGUCAACGUGAGCCGCGGGAACACGUCCGGGAUGCUCGUGGUGCAAACCAAGUUCCUGCGGAGGAGCGAGAGCAGGAAGCUAUACGCGUUGUGCACCCGGGCGCGGGUCGAUGGGCCCUGGGUCAGGUGGACCGACAAGGACUCACUGCUUGUCAUGAUGGAGGAGCACGGGAGGAUGCUGCCCCUCUGGCUGCACAUCCUUCUGGUCAUGGUGCUGCUGGUGCUCUCGGGUAUAUUCUCGGGCCUCAACCUGGGGCUCAUGGCCCUGGACCCCAUAGAGCUGCGCAUCGUGCAGAACUGCGGCACUGAGAAAGAGCGGAAGUAUGCCCGCAGGAUCUUGCCCAUCCGCCUCAAGGGCAACUACCUGCUUUGCUCCCUGCUGCUGGGGAAUGUGCUAGUCAACACCUCCCUCACCAUCCUCUUGGACAACCUCAUUGGGUCCGGCCUUGUGGCGGUAGCCUUCUCUACCAUAGGCAUUGUCAUUUUUGGGGAGAUCUUACCUCAGGCGCUGUGCUCCCGACACGGGCUGGCCGUAGGUGCCAACACCAUCGUCCUCACCAAAUUCUUCAUGCUGCUCACCUUCCCCCUCAGUUUCCCCAUCAGCAAGCUCCUGGAUUUCGUCCUCGGCCAGGAGAUCCGCACCGUUUACAAUCGGGAGAAGCUGAUGGAGAUGUUGAAGGUGACAGAGCCCUACAAUGACCUGGUGAAAGAGGAGCUGAAUAUGAUCCAGGGGGCCCUGGAGCUAAGGACCAAAACGGUGGAGGAUAUCAUGACUCAGCUCCAUGACUGCUUCAUGAUCCGUAAUGACGCCAUCCUGGACUUCAACACCAUGUCGGAGAUCAUGGAGAGUGGCUACACACGCAUCCCUGUGUUCGAGGGCGAGCGCUCCAACAUCGUGGAUAUUCUGUACAUCAAAGACUUGGCCUUUGUGGACCCAGAUGACUGUACUCCCCUCAAGACCAUCACCCGCUUCUACAACCACCCGGUGCACUUCGUCUUCCACGACACCAAGCUGGAUGCCAUGCUGGAGGAGUUCAAGAAGGGGAAGUCGCACCUGGCCAUCGUGCAGAAGGUGAACAACGAGGGUGAGGGUGACCCCUUCUACGAAGUGCUGGGCCUGGUCACCCUGGAGGAUGUCAUCGAGGAGAUCAUCAAGUCCGAGAUCCUGGACGAGUCGGACAUGUACACUGACAACCGAAGCCGGAAACGGGUGUCUGAGAAAAACAAGCGCGACUUCUCUGCCUUCAAGGACACUGACAGUGAACUCAAAGUCAAGAUCUCCCCCCAGCUCCUCCUGGCUGCUCACCGCUUCCUGUCCACGGAGGUGCCCCAGUUCAGCCCCUCCCUGAUGUCAGAGAAGAUCCUGCUGCGGCUGCUCAAGUACCCAGACGUCAUUCAGGAGCUGAAGUUCAACGAGGACAAUAAGUACUGUGCCCACCACUACCUGUAUGCGCGGAACAGGCCGGCCGACUACUUCAUCCUCAUCCUGCAGGGAAAGGUGGAGGUGGAGGCCGGGAAGGAGAAUAUGAAAUUCGAGACGGGCGCCUUCUCCUACUAUGGGACUAUGGCCCUGAGCUCCAGCUCCUCCGUGCCUUCCACAAAGGGCUGGUGUCCGCCUGGCAAGCGGAACUCCCUGCUGUCCUGGCUCGCAGACCACUCCCCAGCCCAUCCCUCCACGCUGAGUCGCUCAGCAUCCCUCAGCUACACAGACCACACCAUGGACAAGUCCCCCACCAAUGCGCUGACGGGCAGCAGCAACCAGCUGAGCACCUGCGUCCUGAGCCAGUAUGUCUCCGACUUCAGCGUCCGGGCACUCACCGACCUGCAGUACAUCAAGGUCACUCGGCAGCAGUACCAGAAUGGGCUGUUGGCUUCCCGUAUGGAGAACAGCCCUCAGUUUCCCCUGGACGGCUGUACCACCUGCGUGGAGAGCGCCUCCGAGAAGUCCGAGCUGCCCGUGGCAGAUGAGACCACCACUCUUCUCAAAGAACACAACUCUUUGCUACACAGAGCCUCCCUGGACAAUGCCAUCUGACAGGAGGGCCCGGGGUCCCCCGCCAGCCCCGCGGGGGCCUCCCAGUGGGCCCACACCAAGAGGGAGCCUAUCAGGCUAGAAGGGGUGCAGCUCGGUGGCCUGUUACUAGAUGGACAGUGUACGGCCCUGCAGGAACCUCCUGACAGCUUGGAGGUGGUGGCUGCCCUGCCCUGAGCCGCUGUGGCCAUGGGACAGCUCUGAGAGUGGAGGCUGCUUCUCAGAGACUAUUUCUAAACUAUGCGAAUUGCUCCUCUUUUUAAAUACCAUUUUGGCAAGGGAAGACAGGGUUAAGGAACUUUAUGUAAAAUAAUUUUUUUUCCCAAAAGAAACUUCAGAAGAGGGGCAUCCCUCCCCCCAGGAAGCAAUAGCCAUAAUUUGUUCUCAGCUGUGCCCCACUGCAGCCUGUGUUCCUGCCUGGGGAGCUCACCCCUCUCCUGCAGCAGGGCCCAGCACCGGAGGGGAAGGCUGGCUCUUGGGAGGAAGCCAGGGACCAGAUGGCAUCACUGAAGCCUGGGUAGCUGUGAUCAGGGACUGGGAACCCUCUUAGACCCAGGAAGCUCCCAGAACUCAGGCAUUGACCCCCUGGGGAGCCCCCCUCUGGACUGCCAGUGCCAGGCAGGGUCUCUGGUUACCUUCUCUCUCUCUCUGCCCUCACUGUACCAAAGGCAUCUCCCAUUGUGGGGAGGGAAUCGGGAUUGGAGGUGACCUUUCUGGCAUUCGCCUUGCGGUUUCUGGGGUGCAUUUAGUCAUAGGCCUCUGCGUCGUUGGCAGCUACUACUGCCCCCUUCACCCACACCCACAAGGAGUUGAGGCUCCAUUCAAAUUCCCUAGUCCUCAUCCCCAAGCCUCAGUCCUCCUUGAGGGCUGGGGACCUGAGGACAUAUUAGAAGCCUCCUACGCCCUUUCCUCAGUGACUGCCAGGGGCACACUGAGCUCCUCCUCUUCUUCAUGGAGCCCAGGAAAGGAGGGUUCCAGCUGAAGGGGUGCAGCUGGUAUGCCCGAGCCCCAGGGUGAAGCCCCGUGGAAAGUGUACCCCAUCCUGCCAGUGUGAGAUCUAUCCAGGCACUUUUUUCUGGGCCCAGUGAGUCCUGCUGCAGAGCACCAGGCUUCUGCUGUGGGGUGCUGGGGAGUGGGCCAGGCGAGGGAGACCCUGCUGGCUUCCGCCCGAGUGGCAUUUCUUCACUCCUUUCCUUGGCCACGGGAGUCCUGUCACCCCAAGAGCUCUGCUCUCCAGAUGCCCAGAGAACCCCAGCUCCUGGGACGGAGCCCAGCAUGCCUGCCCCCUGGCAACACCGAGGUCUUCCCCAGGCGAAAGCCUGGAGAAAAGGCGAUGGUCCCUAUGGGUUCUCACGCAUUGGGAAGCAACAGUACCCUGAGGUCCUGCAGGAAGCCCUCACUUUCUACAAGAGCAGCUCCCUGGAAUCCUAAGGAGCUGGUGGGGCUGGGUCCUGAGAGCCCUGAGCACCUGUUGGAAACCAUGCCAUCCCCACCUGGUGGGUGUGUGAGGCAAAGCAGGCAUACCUGCCCCCACAGCUACCUCUGCACACGCAUCAGCUACCAACAGACGCCCCCACACUCUCCCACUCAGAAUCACUUCUUCCAGAGGGUCAUGAUUAUUUCCAAAUAUUACUGGUCCGAUGACUUCCUCCUCUCAGUACAGCUUUUCACUUCCUUUGACAACCUUAGGUUCCUGGGCUGAGCCGUACCCUGGACCUGGCACGCUGCUCAAGUCUUCCUGGCUCAGGGGGACCUUCAUACAUGGCAUCCAAAUGGGUAGGCAAGUCACAGCCACCGUCACAAAUGACUCCUAUUUAUUUUGCAUAAGAUUUUAAUUUGUAUAUUUUUGUGAUUUAUUUUGGCAUUGUUAUGAGUUUGACUCUCGGGGAGUUUUCUUGUUAUGACUCUUGUGUCUUUUGUCACAAAACAAUGAUAAUAUUUGCUAAACAAUACAUGGAAUUUAUUUUUGAUUGGUAAUAAAAAAUGAAAUAUGUAUAAA